AUGGAUUCAGACACACUACAGGUCUUCCAGAGGGAACUCACCUGCUCCAUCUGCAUGAACUGCUUCCUGGACCCCAUCACCAUAGACUGUGGGCACAGCUUCUGCCGUCCUUGUCUGAGCCUUGGCUGGGAAGAAGGCCAGACUCCAAGGAGCUGCCCUGAGUGCAGGGGACUAUCAGAGAGGCCCGAUUUCCAAACGAACAUUGCCCUCAAGAGGCUGGCUUCCCUUGCCAGACAGGCCAGAGCUGACCACGACCACAGCUCUGAGGAGCAGAUCUGUGUGACACACCAGGAAGCCAAAGGCCUCUUCUGUGAGGCUGACCAGACCCUGCUCUGUGGGCCCUGCUCUGAACGCCCCGAGCACGCAGCUCACAGCCACAGUCCAAUACACAGGGCUGCUGAGGAGUCCCGGGGAAAAUUUCUGAAAAGAAUGGGCUCUUUAUGGAAAAUGAGAGAAGAAAUGCAACUGACUCUGAGUCAGGAAGCUAAAAAAACUCGGUCAUUUAAGAAAUAUGUGACCCUAAGGAAGGUGAUGAUUAAAUUUGAAUAUCAGAGGAGGCAUCCAUUGCUCCAGGAGGAGGAGAAACUGCAUCUGGAGGCCCUGAAGAAAGAAGCCAAGGAAAUUUGUCUACAACUCAAGGAGAGUGUGUUCAGAAUGACUCAGUACAAAGAAAGACUGAAAGAAAUGUACAGAGAGCUGACCGAGAUGUGCCAAAAGCUGGACACGGAGUUGCUCCAGGCCAUGGGAAAUGUAUUGGAAAUGGCCGACUUGGCACAGAUGCAGAAGCCUCAGCCAGUGAACCCAGAGCUCACUUGCUGGCCUGUUGCUGGAAUCCUAGACAUGCUGAACAAAUUCAGAGUGGAUAAUGUUCUGACUCAGACCACCAUUCACCAUGUGAGCCUUGAUGAUGCAAGUGCGAUGUCAGAUGAUGACCCCCACGGCAUGUCCAGACAGCUCGAUGGUGGGGCGAGCUUUGUGGCCUGGGGAGCUCAGGCUUUCAGCUCCGGGAGGCACUACUGGGAGCUGGAAGUGACACACUUCUCCAGCUGGAUUCUGGGGGUCAGUAAAGAUAUCUUGACAAGUGAUACUAUUAUCCAUAUUAAUUAUGAAGAAGCAUUUCUUCUAUUCUCUGAAAAGGUGAAUGACGAGUAUAGUCUCUUCACCAACUCCCCACCCUUAGUUCAGUUUGUAAAAAGGCCUCUGGGUAAGAUUGGAGUUUUUCUGGAUUAUGACAAUGGAGCUGUGAGCUUCUAUGAUGUUUCCAGAGAAUCCCUCAUAUACAGUUUCCUUCCUUCCUCCAUCUCCUCCCCUCUGAAGCCUUUCCUUUGCCUUAGGUCUCCAUGA